AUGCAACAAACCAUUGCACUCGGUGAGCCAUACCCAGUGUUUGGAACCCAAUGGAGUGAUGCUCCAAGUCCAGGUGAUUCACAAGCCAAAAACCGCACGACCAGGAAGCCAUGGACUCCCACUGAAGAUCUUGUGCUCAUAAGCGCCUGGCUUAAUACAAGCAAGGAUCCAAUCAUUAGCAAUGGGCAAAGGCUUGAUGCAUUCUGGAAAAGGAUAGCCAUCUAUUAUGAGGCGAGUGAUAAGAUCUCUGAUGAAGACAAGAGAGGUCCAACUAACUGUAAGCAGAGAUGGGCCAAGAUAAAUGAGUCUGUGUGUACGUUUGUUGGGUCGUAUGAGGCAGCUUCAGCUCAAAAAACAUCAGGGCAAAAUGAAAAUGAUGUAAUGAAGCUGGCUUUGGACAUCUUUUUCAAUGAUUACAAACACAAGUUCACCAUGAAGCACUGCUAG